AUGCAGCAGGAUCCUGGGCGCAAGCAAGGAUCCACUCGGCUGAUGAUUGCAGCUCAUCGGCCUGCAAAGCCGGGCGCUCUGUGGCACGCAGAAUUCAAUAGCCCUGCCUUGUCAGCAGGGGCGCUAGGUGUGACCGAGUGGCUAGAGCUGAACUCGGCCGAGUUUCAAGAUUUGCGUAACACCAAUGAGCGAACGUAUAAAUGUACCUCCGGCGUAACGCAAAAGACUGCCGACGUCAUCGCCUUUGCCUGA